AUGUCCUUACAAAGAGGUACAAGAACAAUUUGUAGCCUUAGUUUGACAAAAUCCUUUCAGAGAGCAGCAGCCAAUAAGGCACGCGCCAUUUUCAUAUUGCCUACAAGAGGAGACCAGUAUGGAAUUGAUUCUGAUGCAUUUCUAUCUGUAUUAGCACUUCAACCUAUUCCCAAGAUCGAAUCUGUACCGACAAUUGUCGAGGUUUCAAAUUCCACUACAUGUGAGCUCUUAAAGUCAAUCUCCGGACUGAAAGUAGAGCCAGUAGAAAAUGACGCUUCUAAACUAUUUGUUCAAUGUUCUCGGCAAAAGGGGCUCAUUAAGAUAUAUAGAUAUUUCAGGAUGGUUCUGAUUCCUUUAGCUCGACCUAUAAAACUCUGGAUCGUUGUCCAUGUCGUUGUGCUCUACCUUUCUUCACCGGCACUAACUAGUGCCGUGUUAUUGCAGAGAACGCAGUUGUUUGUGGUAUUUUCGGGAUGGUCAGAUAUACUUCCAUCCCAAGGAUGA